UGAGGCAGGCAGGCUCGCAUUUGGGUGGAGGGGCAAAACCGAACCGAGAGUUUCGAAGAAAAGAAGCGAUGAUUCUAGAUAUUAUUGGAACUUCCUUCUCCGAGAAAUCCGGCCCCUCUCCCCCGGUCUCUCAUGGCGCUCUCCGUAACCCCUGGUCCCCUCCUCUGCCGUUUUCCCGGGAAUCAGCGGACCCCGGCCGCCGCCCGCUCUUCUAUUUCUUUCGCUACCCUUCUCGAUCGCCGGAAGACCAUCUCCAUUCGAUGUUCCGCGGCUUCAGCAGCACCAGCCUCUAGGAAUGUUGCACCUGCAAUUUCACUGACCGACAAGGCAUUGAACCAUCUGAAUAAGAUCAGGUCUGAACGAAAUGAAGAUCUGUGCUUAAGAAUUGGUGUUAAGCAAGGUGGUUGCUCUGGCAUGUCUUACACUAUGGACUUUGACAAACGAGCUAAUACAACAUCUGAUGAUUCCGUUAUAGAAUAUGAUGGUUUUACAAUUGUGUGUGAUCCCAAGAGCCUUCUCUUCAUAUAUGGUAUGCAGCUGGACUUCAGUGAUGCACUCAUUGGUGGAGGUUUUUCAUUUAAGAACCCAAACGCAAUGCAAACUUGCAGUUGUGGUAAAUCCUUUGCUGCUGACAAGAGUACGACUCCUAGAUCUGGACAGUGUCUGUGAAUUGGAUAACCGAGAUAUAUGUUGGUAAUUCUGCAUGGGUGGGGAACUCAUCCCCUAAGCUUGACAUAACUUACAGUUGGGUUUAGAGAUUGUUAUGGAGAUUGUCUGAUUAUUAACACAAGACUGUUUUAUUAUUAUUAUUCAGGAUGCAGAUUUAUCCUAGUUGUUAUUUUGUUU